AUGGUGGCACAGACCAGACACGGCGGUGGCCAGCCAUCGCCAAGGAAGAAGCUCGAAUUCCGCGAAAAGCUCACUGGGAAGGGCCUCUCGACCGACGCUCUGCUCAAGAAGCUCAAGACCUUGCAUGAUCAGCUCGCCGCUCUCGAACAAGAACACGUUGAAGUCAAGUCGUUGGACACAGCGAAGAAGGAGUUAAUUAGCGCCAGUCUGCUUCUGCAUAAGGAACGAGGCGUCAAAGCAUACACCGCAUGUUGUCUCGCCGACAUUCUGCGUCUAUACGCGCCGGACGCCCCAUAUACCCCAGCGGAACUCACGGAUAUCUUCGAAUUUUUCUUCAAGCAACUCUCGGCAGGCCUCAAGGGAACGGACUCGACAUAUUACAAUGAAUACUUUCACCUUUUGGAGUCGUUGUCGACGGUUAAGAGCGUUGUCCUGGUGUGCGACUUGCCCAAGGCGGACAAACUCAUGACACUAAUCUUUCGCGAAUGCUUCUCGCUCGUGAGGCGAGACCUGCCAAAGAAAGUGGAGAUAUUUCUAGUCGAUACCUUGGAGGCCCUCAUCGACGAGUCGCAAUCCAUAAACGCGGACGCUCUGGACCUGAUUCUCGCUCAGUUUAAAGACAAGAAUUUGGGUUUGGAUAACGCGGCAUACCGAUUGGCAACCGAAGUAUGCAAUAGGGCUUCGGACAAACUCCAACGGAACAUCUGCCAAUACUUCAACGACAUCAUUACCGACCAGUCCGCUGAGGACGACUACGACGACAUUCGCAAAGCUCACGACCUCAUCAAGGCUCUACACCGUUCAUGUCCUGGCGUUCUCGAUAGUGUCAUUCCCCAAUUGGAAGAAGAACUCCGUGCAGAAGACCUCACCAUCCGGUUGCUGGCAACACAAGUUUUGGGAGAAAUGUUUGCAGACAUCAAAAACGGCUCUGACCUCUUCCGAAAGUACCCCAACACAUGGAACGUUUGGUUAUCCAGAAAGAACGACAAAGCAGUCCCUAUACGACUGAAAGUGGUCGAAUCAUGUCGCGCCUUGAUCCAGAAUUUACCGGAGUCGAGAGAAGCGCUCGAAGGCCUUUUGAAUGAUAAAAUUAUGGACCCCGACGAGAAAGUACGAGCGGCUGUGUGCAAGCUCUAUUCGCAGCUGGAUUAUGAAGCUGCUCUCCACCACGUUUCCGAGGCUCAGCUUCGCAACGUUGCUGGUAGAGGGCUUGAUAAGAGACAUUCUGUUCGCAUCGAAGCUCUCAACAGUGUUGGUAAAAUCUACAAUAUCGCCUAUCCCCAAAUCGACAAUAAUGAUCCUACGGCUAUCAAGCAAUUUGCCUGGAUACCAGACGAAGUGCUUAAGAUCACCAACACGCUGCCAGAAGUUCGGUCGGUGGUUGAACAGGUGGUAGCUGACCAUCUAUUACCAUUGCCGUCCCCUGGCUCGAAAGGGGAGGUGGACGAGGAAGCCUGGACAGAUCGACUGUUGGGUAUGAUGCGAUAUCUAACAGACAAGUCUAUCAACGCGCUGCUGGGCCUUAGUGGUGUCAAAUCCAUACGGCCUAACAUCUACGAAAUUUUCAUCGACACGUGUGUACAAUACAAUGGUGGGAUUAUUGACGAGAAUGAAGACCUGAUCACUCGACGGCUGGCUGCCACCAGCCAACACCUCGCAGCCUCAUUUCCCGAUCCCCUCAAAGCAAAGGAGGAUCUCAACACCUUUGCCAAACUCAACGAAAAUAGACUGUUCAAACUGGCCAAAACAUGUAUGGACCCUCAAACCGAUGUAAAAGGUCUCGCUAAAGCCACUUCCGAAUUCCUCAAACGGCUCGACCAAACCUCAGCUAGCCUUGUUCCUACUCUCUCCACUUUUCUUCGACGCGCAAGCUUCCGGAUUAUCAACCAGUCAAGCGUUCCCUCCCUCCUCAAACGCGUAGCCAGAAGCCAUGGCAGUACUGCUGGUCACCUCAUUCAGGCCUCGAAUCAUGCAAGAACACUGUUGUCAUUCGUGGCAAGGCACUGCCCAGCGGUGUUCAAGCCGCAUACUGCAGAAUUGGCGAAGGCAUUGGUUGACGAGAAGAACAUUCAGUUGGUGGAGGUAGCCUUGCAGGCAUUGGCGGGCCUAGUGAAAUGGGACGAGAGUUUGGCCACAGCUGACAGGCGAACAGUAGAACGGAUAGAAAAAUUCUCUCUCCAUACUAGUUGGCGUCUGGCCAAAUUUGCUGCCCGCUACCUCUGUCAUUCUAGGACAAAGGAGGAAGCGGCCAAGAAGCUUAUCGAGGCAAUCACAGACCAGUUCUCGUCCGCAGAUUCUGCUGACUUUGAAGGUAUCGGAGCCCGGGUCGCAGCUUUGUCUCAGGUCGCGCGAUACUGUCCCGCAGCAUUUGAACGCCGAAGUGAGGCUCUGACUGCCUUCUUGCUCAAGAAGCUUCUUAUGGUUCCCAGCUCUGCCGAUCCGGAGGAAAUGGACGAUGGCGAAGAAUGGAUGGAGAAUGAUGAAGUCCCAGACGUGCUACGCGCCAAACUCCAAGCCCUCAAGUUGUUCAGGAACAGGUCUUUAGCACAUGGGGCAGCAGAGAACGCACUUGAGAUCGCCACGCCGGCACUGAAGAUGUUUGCUACGCUCCUGGAACAUAAUGGCUCUCUAAAUCCCGAGGCCGAGGAGAACCCAAAGUUCCUCUCACGCAUGCGGCUGCAAGCUGCUUUCGCCCUGCUCCAUCUUUCAACUAUCGAAGUCUUUGCAAAUGCGAUAACGCCCAAAUUUUUGAGGUUGGCCGUCACUGUGCAGGAUUCAUGUUACAACGUCCGAAUGGAAUUCGUUACCAAACUCGUAACGCUGCUACAACCCCGGAAACUACCACCGCGGUACAAUGUCAUCCCCUUCCUCACAGUCCAUGAUCCUGAAGACGACGUGAAGAGUCUGCUCAAAUGUCGAUCUGAUGUUGUUGUCAAGGCUGCAUCGUAUGUCAACGGUGCCAAACGCAAAAUGCCCCCCAACAUCAAACUUGAAAAUCUGGAACUCAUUUUCAUCCGCUUGCUUCAUCUCCUCGCUCAUCAUCCGGAUUUCAGCACCUCUCACGAGGACUUGUUUGACAUUGCCAAAUAUGUGCAGUUCUAUCUGGAUUUGAUCGCCACGCAGGAUAAUGUAUCGUUACUGCACCAUUUAGCAAUGAAGUUGAAGACGGUCCGGGAUGCAGAGUCGCAUUCACACACGGAGCAACUAUAUAUUAUGGCUGAACUUGCUCAAGAGUUGAUCAAGAUGCGCGCGUCGACUCAUUCGUGGACGAUCCAGACAUAUCCUGGAAAGGUCCGACUUCCCUCCGAUAUCUUGCGACCAUUGCCUUCGGCAGAUGCUGUGAAGCAGAUCGUCAGAACGGUGUAUCUGCCUGAAGACACUCGUUCAUGGUUGAGCGAACUCGCCAAGACGGCAGCGCUUCCAAAGGAAAAGAAAGAACGAAAGCCUGCAAAGCGGAAGGCAACAUCCUCCAAAGCCAACGGCCACAAGCGUCCUCGAAAACGUGCUAAAUCGGUCAAUGACGAUGACGACGAGGACGAUGACGAUGACGAGACGGGAGGGGAUACCUCCGAAGCGGAAGCUGCCACGGACGAUAUGGACGUGGACGGAGGACGAUCAUCCAGUCCACCUGCGCGCGAAAAGUCAGAGGAGCCUCCACGGCCGAAGGGUACCCGUGUCAGUGCGCGGAACCUUGCCAAGACUAAAGGUGGUAAAUCUACAAAAGCCAAAGUCAGCUCGCCGCCACCCGACUCGGACGAAGAGUGA